AUGAAUUUCUGUUUGAAGGAUAACAACUACUUCACCUGCAAUGGAGGUUUCUACGCUCAAACCUUUGGGAUGCCAAUGGGUAACCCUCUUUCACCCACUAUAGCUGACGUAGUAAUGGACGACCUAUUGGAUAACACUAUUUUGGACCUGAAGGAAAAUUUUAAUAUUGACAUCAAAUUCAUUGUUAAAUACGUAGACGAUAUUUUUGCUAUAGUAAAACAAAAGAACGCGGACAUUAUUCUCAGAACACUUAACAAAUAUCAUCCAAAGCUGCAAUUUACAAUGGAAUCGGAAAAAAACCUCUGUUUACCAUUCUUAGAUGUCAUGAUCCACCGAAAAAAUGAUUCUAUUGCACUUAACUGGUACGCAAAACCCACUUCCUCUGGGCGCCUAAUAAAUUAUCUGUCAUCGCAACCCUUUAAGUAUAAGAUUAACACAGCCAAAAAUUUAAUACACAAAAUAUUUACAAUAAGCCACCAACAAUUCAAGGAGACGAACAUAUGCAAAAUAAAGAAAAUUCUAGCAAGCAAUAACUACCCAAACCGUCUAAUACAAAGCCUAAUCGAACAGAAAGUAACAGAAAUAAACAAUAAUCAAAACAAAACGCCAACCACAAAAGCAACAGACGGAACAAAGCGAUAUCACAGUGUGACGUACAUUCCUAAGUUCUACCAACAACUUGACCACGAAAUAAACACCAACAACCCUAAUAUAAGAUUAGCAUACCGAACCAACUACACACUAUCUUCGAUAUUCACACAAACAAAAACACCGAUCAACCCCCACCAACAAAACAACGUAGUGUAUGAAAUCACAUGUAAAGGCAGAGAAAACGAAAACUGCAACAAAGUUUACAUAGGGACAACUAAGCGAGCAUUAGGCGUUCGCCUUUCCGAGCACGAAGCCGACAUAAACAAAAAGAAGAACAGCACAGCAUUAGCACAACACGUACUUACCAGUGGCCAUACGGCUGAUCUAGCUAACGUUAAAAUAUUGGACAAGGAGAAGAGGGAACGGGCAAGAUACACAAUAGAGAGUUUACGUAUACUACAGAAAAGGGAAAAAACAAUCAACAAGAAGGAGGACACGGACGAUAUCGCGGCUGCUUACAUGUUAUGUUUGUAG